AUGCCUUGGGGAGAUGAGGAUGUAUUCAUAAAGCAAGCAUCUCUUAUACCAACUGCAAAAAGUUUCAAGUUAAUGAAAGUUCAAGAAGAAUAUGUAGAUUUUGUUACUAAUAAAUUAAAGGCAGCAAGAACUUCUCCUCUACUGAUAUCCUCUAGGCCUGUAACUAUUGCUAUUGUCAGUGUUGAUCAAAG